AUGUCCACUACAAGUCCGGGGCGCAGCCCCGUCACCACCUCAGAUAAACUCCAAAACCUGCUCCGAAUGUCCGCGAAACAAUCCGCGGCAUCUCUGAGCUCUCUCGGCAAGGACAGACUGAGGACGCUCUUGCUUGAGUGCUAUCUUGGGGCUAGCAAAGAGGAACUCGAGCGCUUAGUGCGCCUGCGCCUGAUCGAGUUGAGGGACGAGCUCGAUUCACAGGCACCGAUCGGUUUGAUUUCACGAGCAGUCCCAACGGCAAGCUCGAUUCCUGCGAAGAGAUCUCUACCCGCUGCCCUCGAAGGCGCAACUGAGCCGGCCUCACUACGACCGAAGCGACUGAGGAUGCAGAAGAUCUAUGGCUCGAUCUAUCAAGCGCUAGCCGUGAGCUCUGUGGAACGAACAGAGCCCGCCCGCGUAGCCAGCUACAACGAUCUUCAAGCUCCCACUCAUGGUCUAGAUAGCUCACGCAAAGCAGAGCGUACCAAGGAUGUGGCUGAUGUCCGAAGCCAUAUCAUUGACCUGGGAACUCCGCCGCCCUCUUCCGACGAUGAAAACGAUGGGCGCUUAACUACAGCCUGUCGAUCGCGCGUUCUCAUUCCUACCUCUCGAAAAUCUGGGGCAGAACAGAAAAGAAACUUAAGGGGACCUCCACCAGAAUAG